UCUAAACAAAUUUUUAUCUUAGAUUGUUAAAAGAUGUGAUUGUAAAAUAAAUGGUGCAAUCAAUAUGCUCUAUUUAUUAAAUUGUAAUAAUGGGUACUGCAGCUUCAAAUUUGUUAACACAAAAUCCAAAUAAACGCCAAUUUGAAGAAAAAGAUGUUCCUUCUUUUAAAAUUGUACUAGUUGGUGAUCCUAAUGUAGGGAAAUCUUCUGUAUUCUUGCGUUAUAUUCGAGAGCAGUUUGAUUACAGCUAUCAGCCAACAAUGGCAGUGAAUAUAGGAAAUGUAACAAAGAAAAUAGAAGUUCCAUUUGAAACACUUGUAUCGAUUACCCUUUGGGAUAUUCCAGGUCGGGAAGAUAUUGACUUAAGGAGAUGUUACUAUAAAGAUGUUGAUGCAGCUAUAGUUGUUGUAGAUUUAUCUGACAAAGACAGCAUUGAGAUGGCUGGAUCUUGGAAACAAGAUAUUUAUAAUAACAACUAUCUCAGUGAGAAGGAAGGAAUCAGAGAGCGUAAGAAAAGUAUGAAGUCGCAGUGGAAAGUCCCUAUUCUCCUUCUUGGAAACAAAUUAGAUAAGGUUUCAAAUGGUAAAGAGGUUUCUACUGAAGAACAUUUACUAGAAGAAAUUUCAUCAAGACAUGGAUUUGUUGGCUGCGUUGCUGUAUCAGCACGUGAAAGUGAUGGGGGAGUUCAUUCAGCUGUUCGCUCACUGAUACGAUAUUUGUUACAGCAAGAAAACCCAAAAAGAGUAAAAUGGUUCCACACCAAAUCUUCAAGUUUAAAUGUUAUUUUCAGUGAUCCAAGCUUACAGAAUAAGUUUGUUCAAAGAUUAGGAAGUGUGGAUGAUCAUACCUUGGAAAAACUAAAGAUUUGCAAUAUUAGUGAGGUUGACAAUAUUCUCCGCAGUUGUGAACUUAAAGUGCAUGAAGUUGAAACCAUUGUGGUAUCCUUUCUUAUAGCUGUGAAAAACUUUAAAAAAUCGUGUUGUGUUGCCGGAGUUACAGAUUCAAAUACAUGCACAAUAGAGCAAUGUAUAAGUAAUUUAAAUGAUUCAAUCAUAAACGAUGAGAAAGAUAGUUUAAAAAUUGUAGAAGAAGAUAGUUGCAUGAAAAUUCAAGUUACUUUGAACCCUGUUGGUAUACCAAGUGCAUUAAAAAGAAUUAUUGAUAUUUACAACAAUGAGGUUUCCAGAUAUAUGCAGCGUAUUAUAUUAGAAUUUCCGAACCAGCAAUUAUCUCUUAAUGACUUUCGUGACCAAAUAAUUGAGCAGCAAAAAAAUUUGAAUAGUCAAAAUGGUUUUCAGAUCAGAAUUAGUAAAAACGAAGUUAAGUAUGCUAGCUCUUGUCUCAAGGAAAACAUUUCACGUGUAAAUGAUACCAUAACGUUAAUAGAAAAAUCGUUGAAGAUAGCAACUACUUUUAGCAAUCACAUUAAAAAUAUUUUGGUUUAAUACCAUUUGGUUAUGAGCUGUUUACAACGGGCUUUGAAUAAUUCCCACAAACAAAUCUGUCUUAUGUCUAAAAUGAACUUAUUUAUUUUUUUUAAUAAAAAAGAUUGUUUUUUGUUUUUUUGUUUUUGCACUAGACAAUUUCAGAAUGCAUAAAUAACAGAUAUAUCUUUGAUAGUGCGUCAAAAAGUUGUCUAUAAAUCUGACAUUUUUUAUGCACCAGUAAAAAGUUUGAUGAACAUCAUCGUAUAGAUUUACUUCUGAUUUUUAUUACUUAUUUUUUCAUCUCAUUUAUAUUAAUUUUCGUUUAUGCUUUGUUUUAACAUUAUUUUACUAAAAUUUUUGUAAAUAGUGUAAUUUUACAGAUUUUUACAAAACGGUCCGGUAGAGAUAAAGAACUUGUUUUCUUGGGAUUC